AUGUCCAAGCCCGCCGUAGUCAUAGACAACGGGUCCGGCCGCUGCAAAGCUGGCCUGGCCGGCGAAGAUGCCCCGAAGGCCGUCUUCCCGGCCGUGGUCGGCCGCCCAAAGGUGAAGGGCGUCAUGCUUGGCGCCAACACCAAAGACGAGUUCAUUGGCGAGGCCGCCAUGGCCCGCCGCGGCGUCCUGCUCAUCAAGUAUCCGUUGGAGCACGGCAUCGUCACCAACUGGGACGACAUGGAAAAGAUUUGGGCCCACGCCUUCACCGGCGAACUCCGUGUCGACCCCCAGGAGCACCCGGUUCUGCUUACCGAGGCCCCUUUGAACCCCAAAUCAAACCGCGAGAGGAUGACCCAGGUCAUGUUCGAGACGUUUAUGGUCCCGGCCUUUUUUGCAAACAUCCAGGCUGUGCUCAGCCUGUACGCCUCCGGCCGUACCUCGGGCAUUGUCGUCGACUCGGGCGACGGAGUCACGCAUACCGUUCCCAUAUACGAGGGCUACUCGCUCCCGCAUGCCAUUAAUCGACUCGACUUGGCGGGCAGGGACCUCACCGCUUGGAUGGCUACCCUGCUGCAGCAGCGCGGCUAUUCAUUUACCACUUCAGCCGAGCUUGAAAUUGUGCGUGACAUCAAACAGAGCCUGUGCUUCGUCGCCAAGGACUACGAGGCUGAGGACGCAAAAGCCGACGCCAACCCACAGCUUGAGAAGGAGUACGAGCUUCCGGACGGCCAAGUUAUCACCGUGGGCGCGGAGCGCUUCAAAUGCCCCGAAGCUUUGUUCAAGCCCGAGCUCAUCGGUCUCGAGGUCUCGGGUAUGCAUGAGACUGCUUUUGACUCGGUGAAUAAGACGGAUAUUGAUAUCAGAAGGGAUUUGUACAAGAGCGUCGUCAUGUCGGGAGGCUCCACCAUGUUUCCGAAUAUUGCCGACAGACUCAGCGAGGAGCUGCUCAAUCUUGCGCCAAAGUCUGUCAAGGUCAAGGUCAUCGCCCCGCCGGAGCGCCAAUACUCAGUUUGGAUCGGGGGCUCUAUUCUUGCAUCGCUGUCCACCUUCCAAAAUAUGUGGGUCUCUAAGAGCGAGUAUGACGAGAUGGGGCCGUCCAUCGUUCACCGCAAGUGCUUCUAAAGGCCUAGGAAAGAGUUUGCGCUCUGAGGCCAGCUCCAGGCUUGAAGAAACGGUCCAAAGAUACACAUUCGCUCAACUUUCAAACUUUGACUACAUCGCAUCUCAAACGAUAAACCCUGCAAUCUAAUU